ACCAAUGCAGUACUGUGUGGAAAUUGCCGGCGUUUUUAAGUCAAAAACUUUUGGCAUGAAAUUCUAGUAAAAAAUGAACAUUUUAAUUUCAAAUAAUUCAGCUCGUCUGGCAUUUAAGCUGCAACCCACUUGUCGCACAACAGCUCGUGUGAUAAAGUCGUCCGCACGCAGUUUUAAUGUAGAAUCUAGCAGAUUUGUCACAGAUGUUCAAGUCUUUCGGCCGUUAGAGGUCUGCUGUUGCAGAACCACACGGGUGUACCAUGCGCUGAGGGCACGUUUUCUGCAAACAUGCCGACCGAAAUCUGGAGGCGUUUCUUAUCAGUUUCUACCUCGCCUUUCGACAGGUGCUGUUCUGUUCGGAGGCAGUUUGAGUUGGGGCUUGUGGGGCGUAGCAGCAGACUGUAAAAUAAGAACAAAAGGAAGCUCGCGUGUCCUGGACAAAAAUGCCUACAAAGACUCGGGAGAUUUCAAGCAUCCCCGCUUUCAGAAGAGGAAAUUUCUGCGGCUGCUUUGGCCAGAUAUAUGGUACCUGGUGGCUGCGGUUGUGAGUGCGCUGGCCGCCGCGCUGAUCAACGUUCAGAUCCCAGUCCUUCUCGGCAACAUGGUGCAGGUGGUGGCCGAGGCUGCAAAGCAUUCUGGGAAUUACUUGCAGGAAAUCCGCGGGCCGGCAGUGAAGCUCAUAAUAGCCUACUGUCUGCAGGCCCUGUGCACCAGCAGUUACAUCUCCCUCCUGUCAGCGGUCGGCGAACGCACCGCGGUCCGAAUGCGAGAGGCCCUGUUUGCUGCCCUCUUGAGGCAAGACAUUGCAUUCUUCGAUUCGCACCACACUGGAGAACUCAUCAACAGACUUUCGGCGGACGUGCAGGAUUUCAAGAGCGCCUUUAAGCUGUGCAUAGCUCAGGGCCUGCGCGGUUUCACCCAGACCCUUGGGGCCGGCGCGGCAAUGUACGUCCUGUCACCCAAGCUGACCUUGCUACUCAUCAUGGUGGUGCCGGGCCUGGUGCUGGUGGGGACGGGCAUCGGAGCCUCGCUGCGAUCGCUGUCACGCAAAGUCCAGGAGCAGGUUGCCAUGGGGACCUCGGUCGCCGAUGAGGCGCUAGGCAACAUGAGGACGGUUCGCUCAUUCGCGAUGGAGGACAAGGAGCUCGAGCUGUACUGCCACGAGAUUGACAAGUCCAGGCAGCUCAACGAGAAACUCGGCCUGGGGAUUGGGCUGUUCCAGGGACUCAGCAACUUGGCUCUCAACGGCAUCAUAGUGGGUGUGAUAUACCACGGCGGCUACUUAUUGGCCAGUGGGGAUUUGAAGGCCGGCCAAUUGAUGUCCUUUCUGGUAGCCUCACAGACCAUCCAGCGAUCGUUGGCCAGCAUCUCCAUCCUGUUCGGCCAGGCUAUCAGGGGCACGAGUGCAGGGGCCCGCGUCUUUGAGUAUUUGGACCUGGAACCCACCAUUCCUCUCAAGGGGGGCAAACAUAUCCUGUAUCACAGUUUCUACGGCAACGUGCACUUCAGCGACGUGACUUUCAGCUACCCAACAAGGCCGGACCAGGUAGUCUUGAAAGAUUUCAACCUGAGUAUCCCAGCAGGUAAAGUUGUAGCUGUGUGUGGACCGUCCGGUGGAGGGAAGUCCACCGUGGCCUCGCUGCUGGAGCGAUUCUACGACAUAGGUCGAGGGUCAAUCUCAAUCGACGGGGUGGACAUCCGUGAGCUGGACCCCAGCCGGCUCAGAGGCCGCACCAUCGGCUUCAUCAAUCAGGAACCUGUACUGUUUGCCACAACUGUGAAGGAGAACAUCCGAUACGGCAAUCCAGAGGCCACAGACCAAGAGGUCUUGGAGGCAGCUGCCCUCGCCAACGCUCAUGAGUUCAUUUUGGGUUUCCCAGAGGGUUACGACACCGUUCUGGGCGAGCGAGGGGUGACAAUAUCCGGAGGACAAAAGCAAAGGAUUGCAAUAGCUCGGGCACUGAUCAAGAACCCUUCCAUCUUGAUUCUUGACGAGGCCACAAGCGCCCUCGACGCCGAGUCUGAGAGAGUCGUACAAGAAGCGAUCGAUAAGGUGUCCAAAGGUCGUACAGUCCUUGUUAUCGCCCACAGACUGAGCACCAUCAGGAACGCAGAUCUCAUUGCAGUACUCGACAACGGAAGAAUUCAAGAGUUGGGAACUCAUGAAGCAUUGCUGAAGAGAGGUGGGAUAUAUGCUGACCUGAUCAGGGGACAAGCAGCGAGGAAGUGAAGUGCCAACGCCGUCGUCUGAAGAACCACCGGUGUUGUAGUCGAGUACUUUAAUCUGAGUACAAAGUACUGCCGAGUAACAAGCUAUCGACUACCACUCGCAUCUGUUAACGUUGACUCGAGAGAACAAGUACAUGUACUCAAGUCUAAGUACUUGGACUUAAACGUUUUGUGAAGCCGAGUCCGAGUACUUGGACCUCCGAGUACAAAUACGCAUACUUGGACCUCCGAGUAUGAGAAGGAGUACUUGGACAGGUCUCUGAGUAUGAGUACUUUAUGGGGUACUUAAGUAAGAACAAUUAAAAUCUUAGGUAAAGGAAAUCGAUCAGAUCCACAGCCUGGUACUAUUCGUUUAGUAUCGAUAAUACACAAGCAUGUGCCUCUCCAAGAGAGGAGAUUUUUUUCAUGCAAAACUAAAUUACUCGAUUUUACGAGUAGUGUGAUGAUUGAGUGUGAUAUCAAAUUGUUAAGUCCAAGUACUUUGCUUCUCGAGUA